GUCAGUCAGUCGUGCCAGCGAUCCCGACGCGGUGAAAACGAGAGACACGGCGCACCCGUUCGAAGAUCGUUUCUUUCGAGAGAUUCGCCGGGUCACGGUGGAGAACGUCGAAAAUCUUCUACUUCCUCGCGUCGUCGCGAGCAGUCGCUGUAAUCCAUAGUUACUCGAUCUAUAAUAAGAAAAAAGUGUGAAUCGCGAAGCAAAGGUGCGAAAAGUGUGCGCGAAAGUUUGCUCCGAUCUAGAAGACGGACCAGAACUGAACGCAACUCGACUCCACUUCCGAGUCGAGCAGUGUUUCGAGCGAAAGGAUCUUGGAUACGUUUCGUGGCAAAAUCUGCAAGGAAACCCGUCGAUCAUCGAUCGUUGAUCGUUCAGUCGUGAUGAAGUGAGCGGACAACCGCGCCGGGAUGUUCCGCGGGUCUCGAUAGAGUCGAGUGAAAGUAAAUCACCGGGAGCUGUCUCCUCUCGUUCGAGUCCUUUCCACCCUGGUCCGAAAAGAUCGCAGUCACCAUGUCCGGCCGUUUCUCUGCCAACCAGGAUACUUAAACCGUGACCGCGAAGAAAGCGCAAAAUCCGUCGCGCGAUUCCUGUACGCUGCCGUCUCGAUCGUUCGUUUUGCCUCAUUUGCGACCUCAUCGACGAAUCGGCCGAUUUUCCAGCGAAUCGAGGCUCGAACGAGACGCACCAGUUGACAACGAUGACCGUGGUUAUGGAGGAAACGAACACCUUCGUUACGUGGCCGUCCCGACUGAAGAUCGGAGCAAAGUCGAAGAAAGAUCCGCAUAUAAAGGUCGCGGGUCGACCCGAUGACGUGCGAGCCGCUAAGGAGAAGAUAAUGGAAAUUUUGGACACGAGGCAGAUCAACCGAGUAACUAUGAAACUGGACGUUAGUUACACCGACCAUUCGCACAUUAUUGGAAAGGGUGGUCUGACGAUUAAACGAGUGAUGGAGGAAACCGGCUGUCACAUUCAUUUCCCGGACAGUAACCGUAGCAAUCACCAAGAGAAGAGCAAUCAAGUCUCCAUUGCUGGCGAAGUGGAGGGUGUCGAACGAGCCCGUGCUCGAGUCAGGAACCUGACGCCUCUGAUCUUCUCGUUCGAGUUGCCGAUCAUGGGCGCGUCGCAGGCCAUGCCGGACUCCACUUCGCCCUACGUGGUGAAGAUUCAAGAAAAGUACAACGUACAGGUGAUGUUUCGCACGAGGCCCAAGCUGCACGCUACCCUGGUUGUAGUGAAGGGCUGCGAAUGGGAGGUGUCGCAAGUGAAGGAAGCGACCUUGCUACUGAUCCACUACAUGUGCCAAAACUUAGCUAGUCAAAUACAAGUACAAAUGUCGAUGGAGAUCUCGCCGCAACAUCACAGUAUCGUGCUUGGCAAGCAGAGCAGCAACUUGAAGAUGAUCAUGCAGUGCACUGCCACGCAAAUCUUGUUCCCCGACGCGGGCGACCCAAACAUUCCCAGCCUGAAAAAGAGCAACAUCACAAUCACAGGUGGCAUCCAUAACGUUUACAUGGCCCGACAACAGUUAGUGGGCUCCCUGCCGUUGGUUCUGAUGUUUGACCUUCCCGAGGACACCAUGUCGUCCGUCGACACGGAGAACAUUUCCCAGUUGAUGCAGUCGCUGGACGUGUUCAUAAACGUGAGGCACAAACCCAAACAGAGCACGCUUUCCGUUAUUAUCAAGGGGAUCGAGCGGAACGCUGGUAACAUUUACGAAGCGAGGAAACAGCUGUUGGGCUUGGAUGAGCCCAGGAUACAUGCAGAGAUCCCGGUGACUUACCAUGUCCCGAACGCUGGCAAUAUAUUUCAGGGACGAACCACCAACGGAGCUGGUUCCAACAAUCUGGUCGGCAGUCUGUCGGAGAACCUGUCGAAUAUGCUAACGGUGAACACGCAGAAUCCUCCGUACUGCGUGUCGCCGAUGUCUCACUCGCCAAAUCCGAUGGGCUUGUCGCCUCAUUGGGGCUUACCGUCGAUACCGUCCAUGUUUUCGCCGCUACAGCUUCACCACACUUACCCGUAUCCGCACCUCAACCAUCUACUGACGACGCAGCACGUGAUGCACAACAAAGCGAUGCCAUCUCACGCCCAUGGAUUACAGAACCAUGCAUUUCCCGGCAUUGGGCAACUCCACUCCAACGUACCACGCGUUGCUGGCUUUCACAGUAUUCACGGACUGAACGGCAACUUGCCGGAUAGCAAGGAAUGCAGUGCUUAUUCGUCGUUGAGCAGCGUCUCCAGUUCUCUAUCUAGUCCCGCGGUCAGCCCUCGAAACGUAUCGCCGGUCAAUCCUACCGAGACUAGUCCUAAUUUAGAUUUAUCCGGUGUUCUAUCGGAUCUCUCGGUGACCGAUCGACGAGCACCCGGCUGCGAGAAGAAAACUUUGGAAAUGGCUGUGCAACAGAAUCUCGCGCCUUUCGACUACGAUCAGAAGAAAAUCUUGAGCGUGAAAGCGAUGCAGGCGAAACCGAACUCCAACGAGUAUCGCGUUCCCACAUCCACAUGGUCUGGCUACGGAUUCAGUCAGUCCAUUCCUCCCAUAAGCACGGGAGACUUGAGCAAGGAACUGACCACCUCUCGUCCGUCUGAUUUGUGGAAAGAACCAACGACGCCAGUGUUCAGCGGAGAGAUUGACUUCGGAAUUGGAUCCGGCAAAGACCGCGUUGGACAAAUCGGCGUGAGCUCGAAUUACAUGGAACACACGCCGAGCACGCAUCUGAACAAAAUCCUGUCUCACCGGUACACCGAUUUGACCAGCAUGCUGACCAGCGUUGGAUUAGAAAAAUAUAUUCGCCUGUUCACGUCUCACGAGGUGGACAUGGCUACGUUUCCCACGUUGACGGAGAAGGAUCUCUGCGAGAUCGGGAUAUCCGCUUGGGGCGCGAGGCGCAAAAUAAUGCUGUUAAUCGCUGAGAUGAACAAACGAACUAGUACAUUCUGCGGCAGCGCGGCUCCGGGCGCGGAACGGAAGGCGACAACGUCAACGGCUACGACGUCGAUUGAGAAGUGCAAUCUGGACAGCAAGUGGUAAAACAGGACGAGAAGAAAUGUCGCGGGUCUCGCGAUAUUUAUGCGAAACUGAUACAGCACCGAUGAAUUUCGGACAGUGGUACUUAAACGUUAGCAACGCGCUCGGACGCGGACAAUCGCAUUUCAAGACACGAGAACAUUGAUAAUCGAUGAUCGAUUUCGCGCGGGAAGGUCCCGCCGACUCGACACGUUGGUUCGAGAAUAUAAUUAGUAAGUUAAUUUGCGAUUUACCAGGCACCGGACGAACACCCCCUGAUGAUUCUUUUUUUGUGAUCGAGGACCGUUUCCGAAUUCUUUUUUUUUUCCUUUUUUUUUUGUCCCACACACAGUUCUCGAUUCACUUGCUCGAACGGUGCCUUAGGUUAAUAAGCUCGUUACUACUUUCGUUUCGUUAAUUUUUUUUUACGUUGCUAGAAUGGUCUUUUCCCCGCGUCCAGCGACGCUCCGCGCGGAUCGACGCCCUUGUUCGUCGCCGGGGCGUCGCUCGACGCGCGUUGUGUAUCGUGUGUUUCUGUGUAACGGUGAAGAGUUCGUGAUGUGGCGUACAAUGUGAAAUCGGUGAUAACGGUUCAAUUAGAUUAACGAUUCGUCGGAGCAGCGAGGCUUCGGAGCUUGAUAAGCGAUGGGCGAGGGAUGUCCCGUGCGUUCAACGGCCUUUCGCCCUAGCAAAGUUAAAAUAUUUAAUCUCGACUAAGCUCGAAAUUCGGCGGGCGAACGGUGCCCGCGGUUUGAGACAACGGAACGCCCCGCUCGCAGCCGCGUUUUCGAGUUUUACAAAGUAACAAAGUAUUUAUUAUUCAUUAGCGAAAGACGGUGAACGCACGCCGAGCGACUGCAAGAACAUUUCCCACGUAGAGAACAGAAAGGCGGACGAUGCGAGCUUCAACGUUCGGGGACACUUUGAGCACUGUACGCGAAACGAUGCCUGGCUCGACUCUUUAACUGCUAAUUAUUAUUUACCUACCAGGUAUAAAUCGGAGACGAGCUAAAUUUCUAUCGAGAUAAAGGUAGCCGAAUAACGAGGAAAAGUUAGUCAUCUUUUCAUACGUUAUUUAUUCGAUAGAAGUUACAAUGUGAAAUGUAACAUUAAAGUAUAUUUCACAUUGGACACGUAACUGUUGGAUCGAAUAAAUGUAGAAAAUAGAUUGCCAUAUGGUAUCCCUAUUUGUCAUCUUGUAGUCGAUAGAAUUUUGCUCAUCUUUGAUCCAGACGUACGAUACCGACCACCCUAUUUCAAUCCAUUAAUAUUUAAACGCACACAUCAAUCUUUUGAGGAAGUUUAUGGAAAUAUUAGGGUCAUAUGCCAUAGCAAACGUUCUGAUAAUGCCGUUGUGUUCCCAUCGAGCCAAGUGCAGCCAGGAUAGAGCACUCGUUCCUCGUGCUAUACGUUUGAGCGUACAAUACGAUUCGAACGUUUCACACUCGGACAAGUGUAUAAGCUCGAAGUGCCCUCGAAUAUCUAAUUCGACUUUAAUUCCAUCAUUUACGUUCUCCGCGUUCGACGAGUCUUUCGCAGCUAAACGGUCAGCCACGAUCGAUCGUGCGAUCGAUCAUUUCGGGUGCGCCGUGAGUUCUCUUCCCUUUUCUUGAUUUUUUACGCAUAAAUACUCGAGGAACACUAUUUUCGUUGCAAUAAACCGCACAUGCGCGUUCGCGGUCCACUUUACACAGAUAGCAAAUUUUACGGAAGUAAGAUAUCUCGCUCGAUAUAAGUUAUUAAUGUUUUAAACCUAUUUUUUUCUUUUUUUUUUUUGCACAAAUGGAAUAGAAGCGUUAGGCAACGAGCUCCGGCGACAUGUUCGCUGCAUCUGACAACAUUCAGGGAAACAGACGUAUUCCGUUAAAGCGAUUCAGGCGUCCAAUGAAUUUUGUAUCGUCAGGAAUAUAAAUUGUUCUGUCGGUCGGUAUACAGAAAUCGGAACGUCUCGCGGCCGAGCUUUACCGAAAAUGCCUAGCGAACAAUUUUAUCGCUAAAAGUUCUUGACUAAGUCAUUUUGUGAAGUUUUUUUAUGCAUAAAUUAUUCUUCGCGGUGGAGCACGAUCAAUCGUGCUCGGAAGUGAUCGAAGUGUUAGUAGAGAUAAAAAAAAAAAAAAGAAAUACUAUGUGUUUCCUACACGUGUGUGAUGUAACAAGACUGUCCGAUCGUUCCUGUUCCUCGUGUUCGUUUCCUGUUAAAUAUGUAGAAAUUUCGCGAACUAGCUGUGCCUUCAUAACGAGGAAUUAUUGUUUUUGUUUUUGCGAUAGCGAUGGAACGUCGCAGAGCAUUAGAAUUGCAAUUGUCGAUCGCCGUUAUUUCGAGAAUCCUAAUCGAUGCUCGCGAGCCACCGUUCGUUUCGCGCGUGUAUUAUUCUUCACACAUCCGCCUUUCUCUAUGUGAAAUUCUUGCACGUUCGAUCGGGAUUCCAUGAAUUUUUCUGGACAGAUAAUGUCACUAUUCUUCGAUGUUCCUAUCUAAUAUAUUUACAUAUAUAUAUAUAUACUAAUUUUGCAUGAUAUAGCGAAUAAAGUAGCUGUUACGGAAAUUAAAAAAUUAUAAUGGAGUGAGUGGAAAAGAAAAAAAAAAUGCUAUACGAGGACGCGACAAUGAAGCUUUUCAAUGCCUAGCGCUCGAGCAUCACGGUAUACAAGCUGAAACGAAACUGACAGAUUGCAAAUGGCAAAUUUCUUGACACGUCUCUCUCUCUUUCUCUCCCUUGCCUUUUCGACUUCCUCCGCGGCGGGCAGUGAUAUUAUAUCGUUGCAUAGACACUUUCCGUGAAAAACUGUAUUCGUCGCGAUAAAAUUCCAUUGGUUGUAGCAUUUCGCGUGAUAAUGUGUACUUUUUACAAGACAGAAAUACGAUACCAGGCAACGAGACGAGAGAGGGGUCGGCUAUAAAGUUACUAUUCUUCGAGAUAGUUCAGUUAACAGAACCAUGCCUCUUCGGAGGAUGCUUCCAUAUGAAAAGAAGAAUACAAUAUCGAAAGUAGUGUCAAUAGUUGAUGCAUAUCCGCGACGCGUAUUCCGACGAAACGCUUCGCCGCAAAGCUGCAAUUUUGUCGUCGAUUCGUUACUUUUUUUUUUUUUUUUUUUUAAAGCACCUUCGCGGCGACGACGUUACUCGGAAUUCGUCUCGGAGCGACGAACCGCGGAAUCGAUAUUCCACGAAACGUAUGCCAUGUCCCCGUUUUGCUCCGGAACGUUAGGUAUUUCAUCCCGUGUUUAUUUCGCCGAUGCGAACUCGCGUUUCUUUCGACGUAGGAAGAGUAAGGUGUGUUGUACCCGAUAAUGUGAUUCAACGUAGCUUUCACUAGUGCCUGUAAGAAGUCGGAAAAUAAUCUUACCGCGAUUAACAAAUUUAGUAUUAUAACGGGAUACGGUAGCGUUAAUUAUUAUAUCUCAGGUUAACCGUUUCAGCUAGUUGCGCUCGUGUUCUAGAAUCAACGAAAACGAUUCGUGUUUCCUUUUCUUUUUUUUUUUCGUAAAGCCCGUUCGAAACGUAAACAACCGAAGUAUUCGUCCAACGACGCGUUUACGUAUUAAUAGAUGAGAGAGGAAAAAGAAAGAAACAUUCCAACAACGAAUAGAAUUCGAACGAGUCAAAGGUUAAGCAUGAAAGCGGAUGAAACGAGUUUAAUUAAACGUAUUUUUCGAUGUGUUUUCCGUACCAACGAUAACUCUUGCUAGAUUAAUCGAAAGACGUGCCCGCCCAUCGAGCAACACAGCGGCAAUUCAUACGAAUAAAUUAACGUGCAACGUGUAUCGUUGCGUAUCGCGUUGGAUGUACGAAAAUGGAGGAUCGUUUUACGAUAACGCAGCAUGAUAUUUUUAUACGGUAAUCCAAUUCCGAAAAGAAACGAAUGUUAUCAUACCCCCGAUCUAAUUACCGUUUGUUUCGAAGGAAACGUCGAGGAAAUAGAAAUAUUGUAUCGAAGCGGAUAAAGAAAAUUUUGUAUUGCUAUUUUGUAAUAAAAAAAUAUAUAUACAACUAUACAUAACGUAUUUACAAUGUCCAUUUGGCCCUGUCUUUCCAUUUACUGUACCUCGAAUUUAUACGAAACGGAUAAUUAUAAAAUUGUUGCGUUUAUAUAGUAAGUCCAUCAUUUACUAAUACUAAUUAUUCUUUUUGAUAUUACAAGUAUUAUUGAACUUCUUUCCAGAUUUGCUAGUCUUGUGACAAAAUAUACUAUCAAAUUUUAAAAUCAUCAAGAAUAUUACUACACUGCAGACUUUAUGCAUUUCCAUCAUAUGCAAACAUAAAAACCAUGUGCACAAGGUAUAUAGAAUAUUUUAUGAAAUAUACUUUACACAUGUUUCGUAUAUGAUUUUCAUACAAUAAUACACCAUGAAUCCAUAAAAUCCGCAC